AUGGACAUUCCUAUUGAACCUGUUGACGUUUUGGAAAAAAUAUCUGAACCUGUCACAGCUGAUAUAUCGAGAAAUGAUGUUGUAGAAUAUUGGUCUCUUGGGCCUCCUUCUGAAACAUGUCAGCAUUGUGAUGCUGUUAUGUGGAAAGAAGAAAGCAUUAACAAGAAAGUUAAGAAAGCAAAGUCUAGAUUUUCAUUGUGUUGUGCAGACGCAACCAUCAAAUUACCAAAAUGUAAGGAUAUACCUACUUACUUGAAGAAUUUGUAUGCUGAUCCUAUACAAGGUCCUUUGUUCAUGCAGAAUAUUACUAUAUACAAUAGUAUGGUCUCUUUCACGUCGAUGGGUUGUAACGUUGAUAGAUCUAUCAACAAAGGAUAUGGCCCUGUUAUUUAUAGGCUUAAUGGAAUAAUUAUUCACCAGUUAGGUGCUUUAUUGCCGCACCCAGGGAAAAAACCUAAAUUUUGUCAGUUGUAUAUCUAUGAUACUCAAAACGAGAUUGCAAACCGGAUGAGCUGGAUUGACAAUCCCGUGAAGAAAGGAAUACAUGCUUCUAUUGUUCAGGGUUUAAUAACGAUGUUUGAUGAAACAAAUAUUUUAGUGCAAAAGUUUCGUCAGGCACGUGAUAGGUUUGAAGAAGAUCGAAUUGUUGACCUUCGCAUCCAGCUCAAGGUGUCGUGUUCUGUAUCUGGAAGGCCAAAUCACAUAAUUCCAUCAGAUGAAGUUGCUGCUGUAUUGGUUGGUAAUGCGAAAUACACUGAAGGUGUACGUGAUAUCAUGGUUCAUUGUAAAAGAAACAGUCUACAGCGAAUUCCCGAGAUUCAUCCUUUGCGAGCUGCACUACAGUAUCCCAUAUUAUUUCCAAAUGGUGAAGAUGGGUAUCACGAGGGUUUGGAAUAUGUUAAAAUUCCAGGAAAUUCAAAACGGGAAAAGAAAAGAAAGAAUAUCACUUCUAAAGAAUACUAUUCCCACUGUUUUCAAGUGCGAAAGAAUCAAGACUACACUAUGCGUUUAGGCGGUCGACUGUUUCAACAAUUUAUUGUUGAUUCAUUUUCAUCAAUUGAACAAGCACGCCUAUACUGGGUCAAGAAACAUCAAGAGGAACUAAGAUCAGAUUUGUACUCUAACAUUCGUGAUCAAUUUCACAAGGGAGACAUGGAUACUUCUAAUAUUGGUCAGUCGUACAUAUUACCUUCGUCAUUUACUGGAUCUAGAAGGUAUAUGCAACAGAAUUUCCAAGAUGCUCUAGCUGUGUGUCGCGUUAUUGGGCACCCUGAUCUAUUCCUCACGAUGACAUGUAAUAAUGAAUGGCCAGAAAUACAACAUAUGAUGGCUCUAUUACCUAGUUGUAAAAUUGAAAAUUGUCCUGAUAUUACAGCCAGAGUAUUCAAAUUGAAAGUCGAGCAGCUGUGUACCGACAUUCAGAAGAAUGAAAUCUUUGGUAAAUGCACAGCACUUAUGUACGUUGUUGAAUAUCAAAAACGCGGUCUUCCUCACAUCCACAUGUUGAUAUGGUUGGAUAGUUCAGCAAAACCAAAGACUUGUGAAGCGGCUGAUUCAUUGGUAAGUGCUGAAAUUCCUAAUCCUGUCGAAGAACCAGAACUUUAUGAAGCAGUUAAGAAGUUCAUGAUCCAUGGUCCAUGUGGUAAACAAAACCCAGAUUCCUCUUGCAUGAAAGAUCACAAGUGCACACGCCAUUUUCCAAAGAAGUAUAGUUCAAGUACCACUAUUGAUCAAUCUGGCUUCCCAAUUUAUAGACGAUGUAAAACAUCUGAAAAAGUUAAAGUACGUAAAUCAGAGCUUGAUAAUCAAUGGGUUGUUCCAUACAACAAAUACUUGCUUCUUCGAUACAAUUGUCACAUAAACUUGGAAAUCUGUGCAUAUGCUAGCAGUUUGAAAUAUUUAUUCAAAUAUUGUCUAAAAGGCCAUGAUCAAGCCACAGUUAUGAUAAACAGAAAAAGAGCUAAAGACGGGGAAGGUGAUAAACCUGUUGUUGUUGAUGAGAUAAAAACAUUUUUAGAUGGUCGUUACAUAUGUGGGGUCGAAGCAGCUCAUAGAAUAUAUGGAUUUGAUGUACACCACAGGACCAUAUCUGUUCAGCGACUCCCUUAUCACCUUCCUCAACAAAAAUCUUGCACGUUUUCCAGCAAGGAUAAAUUGGCUGAUGUGGUUAAGCAUUGGUCAAUCCGAAAGAGCAAGCUAGAAGCUUUUUUUGAUUUGAAUAAAGUAGAUAAAACUGCAAGAAAGUAUUGUUAUAGUCAGAUUCCACAGUUUUAUGUUUGGAAUGGUCAGUCCACAAGUUGGUCAAUAAGGAAACAAGGUUUUCAAAUUGGCAGACUAACUUACACACAUCAUGGUAGUGGUGAGCUUUGGUAUUUAAGAAUGCUUCUUUGUCGAAUCUGUGGCCCUACCUCUUAUAAAGAUCUUUUACUGUACGUGGCAUUUUGUAUAAAACUUUCCAAGCAGCCUGUGACGCUCAUGGAUGGCUUGCCAAUGAUAAGGAAUGGGAUGAAGCGUUAA